AUGGAUAAAAGUUGGAUGCAUGAAACUGAUAGAACUAGUACACGAUAUAGUGAAGGUGUUAAACAGUUCAUUAACAUGGCACGUGGUCAUGCGGAUCGAGUUGGUAGGAUUAAUUGUCCAUGUCGUAAAUGCACAAAUCGAUAUUAUCAACAUAUAGACGCGGUGGAGACUCAUUUAAUUUUGAAUAGAUUUGAUUUGAAUUACACUGAAUGGAUAUUUCAUGGGGAAGAAGAUCCGUUUUAUAAACAUGUGCAAGUUGAGCAUAAUGAUAAUAAUUCACAAGCAGAAGACAUUGAUGACGUUGGAGAAAUGUUAGAUGACAUUUAUAGGGGGACAUUUCCAGAUGCAAAUAUAGGUGAAUCCUCCACUUCUCCAGGUCCAUCAAACAAUGAUCACAAAACAAGACUUUUUGAUCAGUUGUGGGAAGAUGCCCAAUGUGAGCUUUAUCCAGGUUGUAAAAAGUUUUCUAAACUCUCUUUUUGUAUGAAGCUGCUUCAUAUAAAGACACUUUGCAAUUGGAGUGAUAAGUCGUUUGAUUUGAUGAUUGACUUGAUAAAGCAGGCACUCCCAGAUGGGGAGUCAUUGCCAAAAUUGUAUUAUGAAGCGAAGCAGUUUAGGCGAGACUUGGGUUUUAGCUAUGAGUUGAUAUAUGUAUGCAAAAAUGUCUGUACACUUUUUUGGAAGGAACAUGCUGAUAAAGAAGAAUGCCCAAAAUGUCAUACUUCAAGAUGGAAAGAGGACAAUGGUAAAGGUAAAAAAAUUCCUUGGAAGGUCUUAAGGUAUUUUCCAAUUAAACCAAGGUUGCAGCAAUUGUUUAUGUCGAAAGAUAUAGCUAAAGACAUGAGGUGGCACAAAGAUGAGCGACUUGAAGAUGGAGAUUACCUUAGACAUCCUGCCGAUUCAAUAGUGUGGAAAGAGUUUGAUAAAAAAACAUGCUUGGUUUGCUGCAGAUUCCCGCAAUGUGCGACUUGGUUUAGCAAGCGAUGGGUUUAA